GUCAUUGGUCGGUCGAGGGGUGAGGAUGGCUGGUGCAGGGCGAGCAUCCAUACAGUUGAUUUAGUUUUCUUGGAGCCAUUGAACGUUUGAUUCACUGUUGGUCCAGUUUGUAAUUCCCGGUGAUAUGGCUGUAUGAGACAUUUUAAAUAUCGACCAAAAAUAAAUUCCUUAGAAAACUGUGCUACAGACUCAAAGGGUUUGUUGUGUGUAUAAGAUCCUGAAGACAAAAUGAGACAAGUGGAUGCUUGAUUUGUCUUGGUCAGUGCUAGGAAUUAUUCGUGGCAGAGCGUGUGUGGUGUGACAGUCCGGGAUUUGUAGGGUGCGAGGCCUUGCGGCGCUGUAAGGAGGCUAGAUGUGUAAGAUGAAUGUGAAGGAUGGCGAGGAGCGGGCGCCGCUCAUCCAGGAGACCUCUCAUCUCCUCAACCCCUUCGUCCACCGUCUUGAACUCAACACCGCCUACGACAAGUUCAAGCUGGUGUUCAUGUCGAUCUUCGUGGUGCCGGCUCGCGUGCUGGGGAUCAUCCUGUGCCUGAUAUUGGCCUACGUGCUGGCCUCGGCGGGGCUGUGGGGACUCUCAAGGGAGGACCUCGCCGCCAGGCCCAUGAGCGGAUGGCGCCGUGUGAUGAAGGACCUGGUUCGAUGGGGGGUGCGGGGGGUCUUCACGGCGGGGGGUUUCCAUCUGGUGCAGGUCAAGGGCCGCCAGGCACACCCUAAGGAGGCCCCCAUCCUGGCUGUAGCACCCCACUCAUCCUACUUUGAUGCCCUGCCCGUUGUCGUCAUGGGUGCUCCCAGCGUCGUCGCAAAGGGGGAGGUCACAAAUGUGCCCUUCUUUGCAAAAUAUAUUGAUUAUACACAACCUGUGUAUGUGUGGCGAGAAGAUACUAAUUCCCGUCAGAAUACUAUCCAGGAAAUAAAGCGUCGAGCUACUAGUGAUGAAGAUUGGCCACAGGUAAUGGUCUUCCCAGAAGGCACAUGCACAAAUCGCUCCUGUCUCAUUACCUUCAAGCCUGGAGCAUUCUAUCCAGGAGUGCCUGUUCAACCAGUCAUCAUCCGCUACCAUAAUCGCACAGACUCCUUUACUUGGACUUGGGAUGGUCCUGGAGCACUGAAAAUGCUUUGGGUAACACUUUGCCAGUUCCACAACUUUUGCGAAUUAGAGUACUUGCCCGUGUACACUCCCAACGAGGAAGAAAAACAAGAUGCCAAGCUAUUUGCAAGCAAUGUUCGACAAGUCAUGGCCGAUGCUCUUGGUGUUCCUGUUGCUGAUUACACCUACGAUGAUUGCCGACUUAUGUAUAAGGCUAAGCUCAAGAAUCUCCCGUGCCAAACUGGACUCAUUGAAAUUCAGAAACUUCGGCAUCGACUUGGUUUGAAUUUGAAGAAUGUUGAGGAAGAGCUUUUGAGUCAGUAUGCAGAUAUUGCCAUUAGUGAUGGACAAAUCACACUUACAGACUUUGCAAAGUAUUUAGGCAUCCCUGAAUCUGAGCCAGCCCUUGUAGAUCUGUUUAAGGUCUAUGAUAAGGAUAAUUCAGGAACCAUUGAUUUUCGUGAAUAUCUUGUAGGUUAUUGUCAGUAUGCACAGCCAGCCAACACAGAAGAUACUCUAAAGUGUGCAUUUAAACUUUUUGAUCGUGGAGGUAAAGGUCAUAUCCUCCUUGAUGAUCUUGUUAAGGCACUUCGAGCUUCUUUGGACAUGACACCAGAGGAGACAACACGAAUAUUUAAGCAGGCUGAUCAGGACAAUAAAGGGUAUAUAACAUAUGAGGACUUUCAAGCUCAUGCCAAGAGGAAGCCAGAAUAUGCAAAGAUCUUCCUAACUUAUCAGGAAAGCAUUAAGAAUGGUACAAGACCACGUCAUGUUCACAACCCUCCCCCGGGCAAGAAAAAAGCAGACUAAUCAUAUAUGCGUUACAUGUAUCUUGCAUCUUCUCUACUAUCUCUUGAGUAACUGAUUCUGGGUACUAUAUAGUAGAAAGAUUUAUUAGUGAAGAAGUAUUUCAACAUUUUGGACAUCAUGUGGUAUGUAAAGCAGUAUAAAUAUCACAGUUCUUUUUAAAUAAAGCAACCAAUAUUGUUUAUUAUGUUAGCUCUAUAGAGCAUUAACUGUCCUUGACCAGAUAAAUAAAGAAGCAUAAUCCCUGUGAA